ACCGCCUCUUCGCCCGCCCACAACUCUGCUCUCUCCUUUAUUACUUCCAGGAUGCCGGCCAUGAAGGUUCUCGCCCCUGCGCCCACCGUGGUGGCGCACAACGACGAGCUCCUCAACCUCAACAUCGAGACCUCUCUCUUUCCCAAGGGCAGCCCCCCCGAUGGACAGGCUUUCUCGCCCUCAGCCUUUAUGAACCUGCAACAGACGGCGACCGGCCUGCUGAAGAAAUUCCAAACCGCCUACCACCGCCAGAACUUGACGAUCCAGGAGCUGAUGGCUGAAAAGGAGGCGAUGGAUGACGAAAAGGCCGAAGCCGACACCAGAACACGGCAUCUCAAGAUGCAACUGGAGGGCAUGGCUCAGAAGCUGGCCGACACUGAGAAUGUGAUGCAGGCGCUGAUGGAAGAGCUGAAUAAGGAGAAGAGGCUGAGGAUGGAAGAGCGGGCAAACGCCAGAGACAAAUUCCUGACGCCAUCUGAAGGAUCGAUAUCGGAAGACCUAUGUGUCGAAGACGAUCAACGCAAGCGAGGAUGGAGGCGCAGCGGUGAGACCUCCAAGACCGAUUUUAGCUUCGAGACGGAUGAGGAUAGCGUCGAAGCUGCCAGCAUCUUCUCUCGACCUCGCAGCCCUACCAACACGGCGCUAAGCAUCAUAUCCGAUGUAGACAGUCCUGCGCCGCCCAUCCCGCUCUCGAGGACAUCGACCUUUGGAGGAUCCGCAGCCCCUCGGCCACUCCGGAACUCUCAGCCGCCGCAAAUGUCCACGUUCCAGAAGCUAUUCAAGGGCAUCUCUGGCGACCCCAACAAGGACAUUAACGGGUGUCGCAAUUGCCAGGGCCAAGACGCCAGCAUCGCCUGGGACACGGUGGGCCUCUUGAAAGCCGAGAACAAGACUCUCAAGGAGAGGGUCGGCGAUCUGGAAGCCGCCGUCGAAGAAGUCCUGGACGUUGUCAACGGCGUCGGGCAAUAA